AUGGAUAAUCUCAAUAUCUAUGUUCUUACAGCAAAUUGUGCAAGAACUGUCAUUGAUGUUGACUUGUUUUCUAAACAUAUCUUCGAUGCGCUCCCCACCUCCGAUGUGACCUUCUCGCCCGCGCUCAUUGCGCUCUCGUUACAAGAAAUAGCUCCGAUCGCCUAUUCCUUUCUGGGCGAGUCUUAUCUAGAUCCUUACUUUGACGCCUUCAACCAGGCUGUCAAACAGGCCACCUCAAAAAGGUGGAGGCAGCCUUAUGUCAACGUGGUCCAGGAUCAUACUGGCAUGACAGCUCUGAUGGUCUUCGCACGUGCUGACGUCACCGACCAGAUUUCAUGGAUUGACAACGCACACGUCGGUUUUGGAGUACAAGAGAUGGGGAACAAGGGCGCAGUCGGCGCACGCUUGGGCUAUAUGAUCAAGGGCCAGAAAAAUACCGUGGAUGUGACUUUUGUUGCUGCGCACCUUGCGCCAAUGGAAGAUGCCUUGGAACAACGAAACCUCGAUUGGAAAAGUAUUGUUGAACGACUAGUAUUUUCACAGGAGGGAUCAGAUUGGCAAAAUCAAAAUGGUUUCGACGGAGAAGCACUAGAUGAGGCUACUGUCCUGUUGCGUGACCAAGGACCAUCACAUCGCACAAAGGGUCGCCGAACCGAUCUCUUUGCUCCCAACGCGUACCUAUUCCUGGCUGGUGACCUCAACUACCGUACCUCAAGUAAAGGACCAGAGAAAGAGGAUGUCGCACGUUUCCCUCGGCUUGGUGUAGACCGAAAUCAUUCCUCCCACUAUUCUAAUCUCUUCAGGGAAGAUCAGCUGAGGCGUGAGAUGCAGCAUGGCAGAAGCUUCCAUGGAUUAUCUGAAGCUCCAGUCGACUUCCCGCCCACUUACAAAUAUUCUGACGCGGCACGCAAGGCAGCACCACUCAAUCUGGAAAACGGACAGCCCGAGGCAGAAUCAGAAUGGAUAUGGUCUAAUCACCGAUGGCCUAGCUGGUGCGAUCGGAUCCUGUACCUAGACAGUCUACCCCGGACCGGAGAAGGGCGGGGAGUCAACCCUCAUGUGUACACUGCCCUCCCUCUUUUCCCGCAAUCAGACCACCGUCCUGUUGCGCUUUCUGUUUCAAUUCCUCUUAAUCCCUCACAUCUAUCCCCUGAAACAGAGCAAAGCGAUGUGAGAGCGAUGGCUCCGUUUGCAAUUGACCCCGGUUGGAAGUCUCGGAGAGAUGCCGCUCGGCGGAAAGAGGUUGUUGUUGGCUUGCUCGCGUACCUGGGUUUGACCUGGGAAGGAAACGGACUACUGUUUGCAUCAAUAUUGGUGACUCUUGGUGCAUGGGUAUCGUUUUCAUCGCUCUGGGAAGCCUAA